AUGUUAUAUUUAAAAUUUACUUUUUUAUUAUUAAAUUUAAUAUCUUUUUCUUUAUGUCAAAAUCGACGACGACAAAAUUAUCAAAUUGAAUGGAAUUCUUCAAAUUCAUUUUUUCAAUCUAAUAAAUCAUCUGCACUUAAUGUACGUCUUGGUGAUACAAUUGAUUUUCUUUGUCCACAUUAUAAUCAAUCUUUAUCUGUUGAAUAUAAUACAUUAUAUUUAGUAUCAAAAAUUGAUUAUCAUUUAUGUCUUACAGAAAAUUAUCAACCACUUAUACAAUGUGAUCAACCAUAUAGUUCAAAACGUUUAAUAUAUACAUUAUCAAUAUCAAAAUAUUUACCAUAUCCAAAUAUGCCAGAAUUUCUUGAUGAUCAUUCUUAUUAUUUUAUUUCAACAUCAAAUGGACAAAAAACAGGUAUUAAUCAAAAAUUUGAUGGUUUAUGUCGUACAAAAAAAUUUCGACUUAUUAUUGAUGUACAAAAAUAUUAUCGACGUUAUUCAAUAAAUCAUAAUAAUCAAUAUCGUAUGAAAAUACAAAAACAAUUAUCUAAUGAAACUUAUGAACAAUAUCGACAAUGGAUUUCUUCUAGUAGUAGUAGUCAUAGCAGAAGAUUAUUUUCUUCAUUUGUUUUUUCAUUGUUGUAUAGUCUAUUGUAUUUGUAUUCAUCUUUGCUAUGA